AUGCUAGAGCUUCAUGUCUGGGGCCCAGCAUUCGGCCUGCCCUCUAUCGAGCCCGAAUGCAUAGCAGCAGUCGCGUACCUGAGCAAAACUAUACCGAGUGGCGAGUGGACACUCAUUGCGGACUACGACACCUCCCUGAGUCCGAACAAAGACUUUCCAGCUCUCCGUGACGGUGACACAUGGGCAGCAGGCUUCAACAGCAUAAUACACUACCUCCGACACCGAUCCGCCUAUUCUGUCGACCCUGAUGGGAGCCUCACCCCCAGCCAACGCGCCGACAGCAUAGCCUAUAUAGCGCUUUUGGCUCAGCAUGCCGCGCCCCUUCUCGCCCUGACGCUAUACACGACCCACGCCAACUACUACCACUGCACCUCCUCCGCCUGGACCGCCAUCCUCCCACCGCAUCUCAACUACACCAUCCCACCCGCUCGCCGGCGCGCCGCCAGAGCGCUGACCGCACACCUUGGGCUUCAAGGAUUGGACGUCGAGGAUAUCGACGAUAGUCCGUUGGGACAGCCUGACAAUAACCAGAGCAUCAGCGGGGCCUAUGCAUCCGAGCGGAAGAAGCUGGAAGCUGGCGCCAGACCAGGCGUUAUACCGCUUGGCAAGCGAAGCGGCGUGCUCGGGGCGCUGCAGAAGCCGGAGUAUACGACGAGAUUUAAGCUCGAUGGGUUGGCUGCGGAGACGCUAGCGCCGCUGAACGAUUUGCUGGGCGAGAAGCCUUGGUUGCUUAACGAGGAAGAUGAGGGAGUCACGAGCCUCGACUGUCUGGCGCUGGGUUACUUGAGCUUGAUGCUGUAUCCGCCGCUCCCGCAGCCGUGGCUGGCCGAGACGCUGCGAAGCAAGUAUCUACGGCUAGAAGCCUACGUUCGACGGAGCAGGCGGAGUCUCCUCGGAUCAAGGGACGUCGUGGCAGCAGAUGUCCUCUCACUCAACAAAUUUUCCAGCGACCCAGCAGCCCUCGAAACCGCGCGCACCGAAAAGGGCAUCACCCUCCCCUGGACCCCACCCGCCCCCUCCAGUCCUCUAACAACCCUGCUCCACCUACCCCAGCACCUAAUCCACUCCCUCCCCGGCGCAGGCUACAUCCACGACCACCACACCCACAUCAUCCCCGCGCACCCACCCGAAACCUCCACGGCCCUCGCCCCCUCCACCGUCUCCGGCGCCUACCGCACUCCGACCUCCGUGCUCGUGACCUUCGCGACCUUCGCCGCCGGGCUAAUCAGUCUGGUCGCCGGCGCCGCGUUGUACCACGUCCAGACGCGCAGGGAGGCGAGCGAUUUGGUCUUUGUGACGGAGAGGGGCCGCCCCGCGGGCUUUGCGGCGUUUGGGGAGGCCGGGGCGGCGCUGGCGGCGUUGAGUGAGAGGAUGAGCGUUGAGGCGGAGUGGGCGAGGAGGGAACAGGCGGGUGAGGCGAGGGUUGUGGAGGUUGAUGUUGAGAUUGAAGGGGCGAAGGUGGGGGAGUUGUAG